CUGUACCUAAUCUUGAAAUAUACCAGAUGUAUGGAAAUCUGCCAAAAGGCAUGCACCAGAAAGACACCUCCCAGGAAGCCAAAACUGCAACCACCAAAAAAAGUCAAGAUUGACAUUCCAGAACCUAAUGAAGAAAAGCUAGAAGUUGUAACGGAGGUAACUAAGUAUGAUACUGUCUUCAAUGGACAAGCUGUUGAUCCAGUUACAGGGAGGUGGUAUGAAUACAACAGUAAAACAGGAGCAAGGAAGUGGAAGGAAGCAAAUAAGUUACAGGAGGCAAACAUGAACAUAGUGACAGAAAAAGCUGAGCCUACGAAACCUCAGUCACCAAAAAAACUGAAUGAUUUCAAGAAAUAAGAAAGGAACAUUUUAAAUAGAUGUGUACCUUUUUAGUUAGUCAAUAUUUGUUCAAUUGUACAAUCUGCACAAUUCUGUUGAACAAUGUAUAAUUGGAAUUAGAAGUACAUAUUACAUUUUGUUCAAUGAUAUAUUUUUAAUUAGAGGAAAAAUGGAUUUUGAAAUGUGAUUAUCAUUAGAUUUAUCUGUGAUCUAUAGCCAAUGAAUGCAUAGAGUGCAUAAAACUUUAAUCUUCAAUCCACAAAAUGCUUUAUGAUAAUACACUAAACACAUUAGAAUUUCAUGGGAAUGUAAAAGACCGCUUUGAAUUAAUCACAAAGUUAAUAUUUAAAAUGUUUUUA